AUGCUAGCAACCCGAGCAUUUUCAGCUCUGGUGGUGGGCUUCCUGUCAUCCAGCUCGUUGGCUUUGCGAACAAGUCAGUCCGAGGUACCUACAGAUCUUGUACAGCGUGGUCUCGCAGCCAUUGGCAUCAACUCCAACACGUCCGAUGUGCGCAAUGUGAGGAUCAGUGGCUCUCAAUUCCGCACCAAGUCUAUCGUCACAACGAUAGCCCUGGAUGGCAUGGACCAAACAGUCGUCCCAUAUGGUAGCCAGACGAUCACGUAUUCGUACGAGACAGGCAGUCUGAAGCAGCGCAUUGACAAGGUUUCUGGCUUAGGGACUCUUUGGAUGUUUGCCCGACCGGAACUCGAACCUAUGGACUACUCUGUAGUAGUACAAGGUGGUGAUGACGCGUUUGCUGCUGUGGUCAGGGGAAGCUAUGCGCUUUUUGACCCGACGGCUGCUCCAGAAGGCUACUUGGAUGGGUAUCUCGCGGCGUAUAUGAUCUCCGACGGUCAAAAGUGGGAUCCGUUGCUGCUCAGCAAGAUAUCUGCAAAUGAAUCCACCCUCCGUUUCGAGCCGGUGGAAGGAGACUUACUACUUCCAGCAGGUUGGUCAUCACCUACUUUGCUUUUCACAACCUUUCUAACUCGGCCGUUAGUGUUUGACCAAGUACUGAACAUGUCAAUCAUCUUCAACCCCGACACUUACCUACCCUUCGCUAUCCGCACAUACGAAGACCAUCCCUUUUUCGGUCCUUCGACGAACGAUCUCCGAGUAUACGACUUUAUCUCGGUUAACGGCCUCAUGAUACCCCGUCAUUACAAGACCAUAUACAACAACCAGCGCUUAUGCAUCGACUUCCUUGCAGAUGACAUAUCGGUCAACACUGAAGUCGAGCCAUCGUUCUUCGAUGUCUCCGUCGAACGCGGCGAACUGAGCAUUCCCGUCGUUGACCCUGCCCUGACUGCUGAGAUCGGUGAGAAGUACACGAAUUACAUCUGGUUCGGUCGGAACAACUUCACAGUCGAUUCGCUCAGUGGAUCGCAACCGUACGCAGAUCUACCCGGCGUUUGGGUCGUCCGACCACCUGGUGUAUCCGCGUACCGCCAGAUCCUGCUUGAAACUGACACCUAUGUUGCUGUUCUGGAUGCUCCUGCUGAAAUCGUGGCGGUCUUGCUCGAAUGGGUCAGGAUCAACAUUGGAAAGCCAGUGUCGCAGGUGUGGCCUACGCAUCAUCAUCACGACCACGCUUUCGGUGUCAAGGGCUACGUCCAGAACGGAGCGGAAAUCGUCUGUCCUAAGAUGGCUGAGUCGUACUACGCCGAUAUCCCCGGCGCCAAGUUCGAAACCUUUGAACGCGGAGCGCCACACAUCAUGGAGACCAACGGUUUCAGGGCCACGUUCAUCCACAUUGAAGGCAGCAUUCAUGCCCAAGACCAUAGUGUCGCCGUCAUCAUGCCUGCUUGCCCCACUGAGGACAGCACAGUCGUUGUGUUUGAUGCCGAUCAUGUCACCCAAGCGCAGUUGAUGGCAACACACAAUGACCAUAACGAGAUUGCUCAACUGGUUAACGCUAUGGUGAAGCACCGGGUAGCGAAGUCAGCGGUGUAA